GUCAUAUCUUCCAACACAGUCCGAACUUCCUCGCAUGCCUCUCCGGGCGGCCCAUCCACUAUAGCUGCUCAUAUCCACCGGAAACCUUCCCGCCGCUCAUUGUGGAGAGCUCUAGCAGAGCUGGGCGUCAUGAAUUAAAGAAAAGCCUGCGUUUACAAAUCUGAUCACCAAACCCCGCUGCAAGGUAAAAACACAUUUAUGACUACGAUUAUUUGAGUUUUGGUUAUUGUCUUGCUCAUCCUCGAUUUAUUAUCUGAUUCUAAAGAUCAGAUCAGAAGAAAACUACACAUGUUGAGAAAACCGUUCUUUUCUCGAUUCAUCCUUUACUGUCAUUGAAAACAAUAUAUUGACACUUAUGGCUAUUGACAUGGCUAUAAUAAUAACACAGUGUCAUAAUAACGGUUUGUUGUAGGCUACAAUAUAGCACAACGAGUAUUUUCCCCAUUACAUUACGCCCAUGUCAGAAUAACGGAGAGAUAUCCUGCUAAUUUGUAUGCAAUACACUUUGGUGGUCCAAAUGGAUAUAAAACCUCAAUACAAUACACUGCAGAAGUCGCGCCUGCCUUGUGUAAAUAUAGGCUAAAUAUGUAGGCUAGACAUCUAUAUGAUUCGGAUCUUUGUUCUUGUUUGAAGUCAAUACUAGUCCCAUAUAUGGGAUGGCCAGAGCCCGUCCCGACCACCUCGUUUCGAAUUCAGCAGCACAGAAACCCCGCCCCGACGGAGUCCUCUCUAUGUUGCAGGCAGGCGGAUUCAAAAUCGGAGGUUUACUUCCAUAAUCUGAUAAUCAGACAUGGACAUUUGCGUGCCGCUGUCCAUAAAGCCACUAGGCCAGUAAUGGGUCCAUGGAAUCCAGUUAAAGCAGUGGCACAAAUGUUUUUGAACUUGUUGUCACCUAUUCCUGACACAAGCACUGACUGCAUAAAAUAGUCAUAACAAUCAAUGGGUUAUUUGUGACAGACCAAAAGCUGACCAUCUUGUGUUUGCAGUGUGGUGUGGUUGGACCAGCGGUGAUGGUUUUGGACCCAGGUGAGGACUGUAUGGAUCGGACAGAUGUCCAGGGGGUCAGAGGGAGCAGCAGCACCGCAGACCUGACAGGGCCAGAACCAAGACCGGAUCCUCGCAAAACCACCACAAGCGACAGCACCAGACUAGAAAACACCAGACCGGAUGCCCCCAAAACCACCACAACUAGAAAAGAAGAGACCAGACCUGACACUACCAAAACCAUUAACACCACCACCACUAGAACAGAAGGCACCAGAGCAGACCCUCCCAAAACCACAGAAGAACCAACACCGGACCCUCCCAAAACCACCACCAGCACCUGGAUCCGUGCCAGGACGAGCAGUGUCACCAAGAGGGAGCAGCUAUCCAACUCCCACAAUGGACCCCAGCCUCAACCUCAGUUGUUGGGGGCCAAUGUCGGCCUUACCCCCAGCCCUAGGGCCAGUGCUUGCUCCUCGACCGACUCCUCUCACCCAGACUCGCCAUAUGAUGGACCGGUGGUCUCUCUGCGGCGGGACGUCACCGUGGCAACGGCCUCGUCUCGGAACAAGGUGGCGACCAGGCCCCCACUCCGCCGGCCCCUCAGCCUGGACGUGACGCCCCUGCGUCUCCGUGGCUCUGAGCCCGUGCUGGACCGCAGGGUCCUGCAGCCCCCCUGGCGUAGCGGUAGUGGUCCCUCCGCUGCCUCCUCGCCCCCAGCCCGCUCCCUCACCAGCCCCAGCCUGGGCCCCGGAGGCUGGAUGCGCCGCAGCGAGAGCACCUGUACCGUCAACAACUCCUCAAUGGGCCUCCGGGCCACCAGGGGGCGUAUGCGGCCAGCCACCUCCCUUCCCCACAUUGCCCGGGGGUUUGGAGGGGCCUCCACGCUGCCCUUGCCUUCCACGCCGCGGGGCCCCUGUCUCCUUGUGGCCCUCAGACCCGUUAACCUAGACCAGGAGAGGCAGGCCUUCUUCCAGUCUGACUAUAAAUACGACCCACAGUUUGAGUACUCGACCCCGGAGCCCAGCACUGUGCUGGAGAAAUACAGAGAGGGAUCUGGCCUCUUCCUCACACAGGUAGGUCUCUCUAUCUGGCAAAGAUAUUAGAUGAUAGGAAGAUAACCCACUCUGGGGAUUGAUUUAUUCUCACUCUCUCUCUCUCUCUCUCUCUCUCUCUCUCUCUCUCUCUCUCUCUCUCUCUCUCUCUCUCUCUCUCUCUCUCUCUCUCUCUCUCUCUCUCUCUCUCUCUCUCUCUCUCUCUGGGUGCUUCUCUCUCUAACGCUCUCUCUCAUUCUCUCUCUUUCCCUCCUCUGUCUCUCUGGGUUUCUCUCUCUCUCUAGGCUGUUGGGAUUAUGGAGUGUAUUCUGAGGAAGUUUGGUAACUAUGAGAACUUUGAGGAGGUGACGGGAGGAAGUAUUUUACCGAAGAGUAGAGUCUGGGCUGCUGCACGCAAGUACCUGCAGAAGGAGAACUGUGUAGGAGAGGUGAGUGAGUAGUGUGUUUGAGGGUUGGUGUGUUAUGGGUAGUGUGUUUGUGGGUUGGUGUGUUACGUGUAAUGCAGUGGAGGCUGCUGAGGGGAGGACGGCUCAUAAUAAUGGUUGGAUUGGAGUGAAUGGAAUGGCAUCAAACCAUGUGUUUGAUGUAUUUGAUACCAUUCCACCGAUUCCUCUCAAGCCAUUACCACGAGCCCGUCCUCCCAAAUGAAGGUGCCACCAAACUCCUGUGGUGUAGUGUGUUUGAAGGUUACUGUGUUAACAAGAUGUCUUUGUGUAAUGAUGAUGAUAACCUUGUCUAGAGGGUGGUGGUCUGUGUGAUGAUGAUGAUAACCUUGUCUAGAGGGUGGUGGUCUGUAUGAUGAUGAUGAUAACCUUGUCUAGAGGGUGGUGGUCUGUGUGAUGAUGAUGAUAACCUUAUCUAGAGGGUGGUGUGUCUGUAUGAUGAUGAUGAUGAUGAUGAUGAUGAUGGUAAUGAUGAUGACCUCGUCUAGGUGGUGGUGUGUCUGUCUGAGGAGCUGCUGUCGCAGGCUGUGAUGAUGGUGGAGAGUUGUCGUCCCACUCUGACUAUCAACCUGUCUGGAGCACGACAACACUGGCUGGAGGGCAUGUUCAGGCAUGAGAUAGGUACACUACACUGACUGUACCAUACAGCAUGUUGUCACCGUGUGGGGGAUCUGGGAUGUGUUUAUCACUGACGGUACCAUACAGCAUGUUGUCACCGUGUGGGGGAUCUGGGAUGUGUUUAUCACUGACUGUACCAUACAGCAUGUUGUCACCGUGUGGGGGAUCUGGGAUGUGUUUAUCACUGACGGUACCAUACAGCAUGUUGUCACCGUGUGGGGGAUUUGGGUUGUGUACAUCAUCCACACAGCAUCAUAAAUUAGUUAUGAGUUAUCAUUUCUGAGUUCUACGCAAACACAACUCAGUAUUUGUGUUGAAUUUGUUCACCAGCCAUAUCCACUACAGAAGCCAAGUAAGGCUAGUCUAAAAUGAACCAUCCUUCAUCUCUCUCUCCCUAUCAGGUAUACACUGCCUCAAUACCUUCCUGUUAUUCCAUCUCUCUCUCAGGCAAACAUUACCUGAAAUAAACCUUCUUCCAGCUCCGUCACACACAACCUUAAUACAAUUCCAUGAUUUUCAUCGCUCUCUCUCUCUCAAACAUUACCUGAAAUAAAUCUACUUCCAUCUCUCAUCUCUACAUCCCCGUGUUAUUCCAUCUCUCCCUCCCAGGAACCCACUACCUUCGGGGUGUGAACAACAACCUGCAGCCCUGGUCCACUUCCGCAGGCAGGAAGCAGUAUGGCCUAAAACCGGCCAAUCCCACGGAAGAGGGCCUGGCAAGCCUGCACAGUGUGUUGCUACGGAAACAGCCCUACCUGUGGCGCGCCGCUCUGCUCUACUAUACGGUGUACCACGCCGCCAGGAUGAGCUUCAGCCAGCUCUUCAGCGACAUCGCUCAGUUCGUCCAGGAUCCCGCGGUGCGCUGGGAGUACUGCCUCAGAGCCAAGAGGGGACAGACGGACACCUCGCAGCCUGGUGGGGGACAGUGUGUGUGUGUGUCUUUGAUUGUGUGAGAGUGUGAUCGUGUGUGAAUAGACUCACCAUUGCACAUGUACCAGUGGUAGAUACAGUGCCUUCGGAAAGUAUUCAGACCCCUUGACUUUUUCCACAUUUUGUUACGUUACAGCCUUAUUCUAAAAUUGAUUAAAUUGUUUUUUCCCCUCAUCAAUCUACACACAAUACCCCAUAAUGACAAAGCAAGAACAGGUAUUUAGAAAUUUUAAAAAAAGAAAAAACUGAAAUAUCACAGGUGAGGUGAACCUUCGCCCCAGUCUGAGGUCCUGAGCGCUCUGGAGCAGGUUUUCCUCAAGGAUCUCUCUGUACUUUGCUCCAUUCAUAUUUUCCUCGAUCCUGACUAGUCUCACAGUCCCUGCCGCUGAAAAACAUCCCCACAGCAUGAUGCUGCCACCCCCAUGCUUCACCGUAGGGAUGGUGCCAGGUUUCCUCCAGACGUGACGCUUGGCAUUCAGGCCAAAGAGUUAAAUCUUGAUUUCAUCAGACCAGAGAAUCUUGUUUCUCAUGGUCUGAGAGUCUUUAGGUGCAUUUUGGCAAACUCCAAGCGGGCUGUCAUGUGCCUUUUACUGAGGAGUGGCUUCCGUCUGGUUCUUGGUCACCUCCCUGACCAAGGCCCUUCUCCCUCGAUUGCUCAGUUUGGCCGGGUUUGUGCCUUUCCAAAUCAUGUACAAUCAAUUGAAUUUAACACAGGUGGACUCCAAUCAAGUUGUAGAAACAUCUCAAGGAUGAUCAAUGGAAACAGGAUGCACCUGAGCUCAAUUUUGAGUCUUAUAGCAAGGGUCUCAAUACUUAUGUAAAUAAGGUAUUUCUGUUUUUUAUUUUUAAUAGAGUUGCAAACAUUUCUAAAAACCUGUUUUUGCUUUGUCAUUAUUUACAUUUACAUUUUAGUCAUUUAGCAGACGCUCUUAUCCAGAGCGACUUACAGUUAGUGAGUGCAUACAUUUUCAUACUGGCCCCACGUGGGAAACGAACCCACAACCCUGGCGUUGCAAGCGCCAUGCUCUACCAACUGAGCUACACGGGUAUUGUGUGUAGAUUGAUGAGGGGAAAAAAACAAUUUAAUCAAUUUUAGAAUAAGGCUGUUACGUAACAAAAUGUGGAAAAAGCCAAGGGGGUCUGAAUACUUUACGAAGCCACUGUAUAUGCACCCAACUCACAAACAUAUACAAACACAAAACAAAUUACAUUAUUUUUUUUAAAGGAUUGGUGGCCACUGUGUUGACUUGAUUGUGUGUGUGUGUGUGUGUGUGUGUGUGUGUGUGAAUCAGGCUGUUUCAGUAAAGAUCAGGUGUACCUGGACGGAAUCCUCAGGAUUCUACGACAUCGGAGGAACAUCGACUUCAAGAUGUUGACCUCGCUAGGCAAGGUCAGUCUUCAUUCUCCCAUACAGGAUCCUUUCAUUACAUUUUACAUUUUAGUAAUUUAGCAGACGCUCUUAUCCAGAGCGACUUACAGUUAGUGAAUACACUUCUUUUUUUUCUUCAUACUGGCCCCCCGUGGGAAUCGAACCCACAACCCUGGCGUUGCAAACACCAUGCUCUAUCAACUGAGCUACAUCCCAGCCGGCCAUUCCCUCCCCUACCCUGGACGACGCUGGGCCAAUUGUGCACCGCCCAUGAGUCUCCCGGUCGCGGCCGGCUGCGACAGAGCCUGGAUUCGAACCAGGAUCUAUAGUGGCACAGCUAGCACUGCGAUGCAGUGCCUUAGACCACUGCGCCACUCUCUCUUUCAUGUUUAUUUUCCCCAUGGUGAUGGUGAUGAUGUAUAGUUUGGUUGUUUCAUGGUGUACACAUUUGCAGGAAAAAGCUGAAUUGUAGUUUACACCUCACCGGUAGAGUAUAGGGCUGUUGUAAUAUCAGAUCGAGUUGGAAAAAGGCUGAGUCUGUAAAACCGACGUGAUGAUGAUGUUAACCUAACCUUUCUUCUGGCCCUCCAGGUGUCGUUUGAGGAUGUGGAAAGGCUGCGGCACAUCGCCGUCCUCCGCCGGACCAGAAUCCCUCACUUCAUGCAGGACCAGGAGAAAUACCUUCAGCAUCUGGACCACAUCGUCACGGUCAACGAACUGAGCGACGCUCAGCUUAGAGAACUCCUUCCCUGACCAACCGACCUUCAGCUGUGCGCGGUAGAUCACCUGCUGGGAGUCAACGAAGGUGGCGAUUCAACGUGUAGAAUGGUUGGGAAAUUCAUAGAAAAUGGCGGCUGAUGUUCGGUGGUCAGAGGCGUUAAGAAUGGUUACCUGCUGCCGAUUACCUCUGGUCAGCGAGGUCUGUUUUCCCCUUGACUGACUGACUCCCUCUGGUCUAGACUGGCCAUACCAUCCUUGACUGACCAAACUCCCUCUGGUCUAGACCUAACCCUAAUCCUCCCAAGUGUCAUUCAUCACCCUGCUGUUGGAAAGCCCUGGAAAUGAAGGCUAGUGUUCCGACAGACAGAGUAUGUGGAGCGAACAUAUCAACACUUUGAUCAUAUCUACUACGCUUGGAUCAUAUUCAGUAUGGUUGAGUCCUAAACUGAACCCCAUUCUCUAUGUAGUGCACUA